AUCCCACCCCAAUCUCUCACCUUCAUCACCAUUAGCAUCAUGGAGGAAAUCGGCAUUGACCUCAAGUUCGAGGACCCCACCGUCGCGGCGCAGCUCAACGAGAAGCAGGCGCUGUACUCCCCGCUUUCGAGGAACGAUGAUGAGCUGUACUCGACUUGGCGCAAGCUUGAGGCUCAGCGCGAGUUUCUCCAGCUUCAGGAGGACUAUAUUCGCGACGAAACUAUGAACCUGCGCCAGGAACUGCUGCGCGCCCAGGAGGAAGUCAAGCGCAUUCAGUCCGUCCCCCUCGUCAUCGGGCAGUUCCUUGAGGCCAUUGACGAGCGCCGCGGCAUUGUCGGGAGCACCACUGGCUCCAACUACGUUGUGCGCAUCCUGUCGACCCUCGACCGUGAGCUGCUCAAGCCAUCGAGCAGUGUCGCCCUGCACCGUCACUCAAAUGCGCUGGUUGACAUCCUGCCGCCUGAGGCCGACUCAUCGAUCUCCAUGCUCGGCGCCGACGAGCGCCCCGACGUCAAGUACUCAGACGUCGGUGGUCUCGACCAGCAGAAGCAGGAGAUCCGCGAGGCCGUCGAGCUGCCCCUCGUCCAGAUGGACCUCUACAGGAAGAUUGGCAUUGAUCCGCCUCGUGGCGUUCUGCUCUACGGCCCUCCAGGGACGGGCAAGACGAUGUUGGUGAAGGCGGUGGCUAACGCGACGACGGCGUCGUUUAUCCGUGUGGUCGGGUCCGAGUUUGUGCAGAAGUACCUCGGCGAGGGCCCACGUAUGGUUCGCGACGUAUUCCGCAUGGCACGAGAGAACUCGCCGUCCAUCAUCUUCAUCGACGAGGUGGACGCGAUUGCGACGAAGCGUUUCGACGCGCAGACCGGCUCGGAUCGCGAGGUCCAGCGUAUUCUGCUCGAAUUGCUCAACCAGAUGGACGGCUUCGACCAGACAACAAACAUUAAGGUCAUCAUGGCUACCAACCGUCAGGACACGCUCGACCCCGCACUGUUGCGUCCUGGACGUCUCGACCGCAAGAUCGAGUUCCCAAACCCGUCCCGCCGCGAGCGCCGUCUCAUCUUCCAGACUGUCACGAGCAAGAUGAAUCUCAGCCCCGACGUCGAUCUCGAGGACUAUGUGUCGCGGCCAGACAAGCUGAGCUCCGCAGAGAUCGCGUCUAUUUGCCAAGCCGCAGGCCUGCAAGCGGUGCGCAAGAACCGCUAUGUCAUCCUACCCAUCGAUUUCGAAGAGGCUUGGAAGUCCACCGUCAAGCGUUCCGAGGAUCGUCUGGACUUCUACCGGUAAUAUGUACAUUGUCAUGCAACCAUCGAUUCAGCCACGCUCACGUUCCCCAUCCUCAUCUCACUCCUCCCAUCCCCCGCUCCGACCUCGUGCCCACCCUCAUCUCGGUGCGGCGCGGCGUCUCGAGCGCAGAGCGACGGCUUGCCGUCGGCGUUCAUUUGCUAUCCUUCCGCGGCAUUGCCCAACUUCACGGGGACGAUACUUCACAGGCGUCGGACAUCUUCGGAUGCAACCGUGUCACAAUCCUCUCAAAUGUCGCAGUACUGACGGGUGCGAGCGCGAGAG